AUGAAUUUGCUUGAGCAAGCUAAAAGUGACGGAGAUACAUUUCACGAGCACUCCGACGUCCACUUUCGAAUGUCUUGUGAUCUGAUGAAUGAAUAUCUGAAACCGAAGAGAGGAGAAAGUAUUAUUGACUUUGGUUGCGCUACCGGAAGGCUUGCAGUAGAGUUAGCAUCGAGAGUCGGUAAAUCAGGACGAGUAGUCGGUGUAGAUAUCGACAAGAGAAGAAUAGCGUUAGCUAGAGCAGAGCUAAUCAGAUUACACAGCAGUCACGUGUCACUAACAUUUGUACAGAGAAGCAUAAAAGAAGCGAUGAGACUUGAACCGUUUGAUCGAAUCUUGAACAACAUGGUAUUUCAAUGGAUUAAACCUGUCGAGCGUUCAAUUAUUAUGAAAGAUAUUUAUUCAAAUCUGAAACCCGGUGGUCGAUUUGCAUUUCUCGUAUUUCCUACCCAGACUCAAGACAGAUUUAUUUUCAGAGACAUUCUUUCUUUAUUAUCGCCUUCAGAAAGUCUGGAAUCGGUCUGGGGCAUCUAUCUUGAGUCAGUUUCAACCUGGUUGCAGCUCUGUACUGAUAUUGGAUUUGAUAUAGAGAUGUCUGAUGUCAAAAUGGUCGAAGAGGAAGAGCCGACUGUCAAAGAUCUGGUUGCACUGGUAGAAGCUGCUGUUCCAGCUUUCAAAUCAUAUAUGUUGAGUGAGAAAGACGUGGAAUAUCUCAAGCAGCUGUACAGGUCAGAUUCUCAUGAGAAAAUUCGAUAUCAAUGUAGAGUGUUUACAGUGUUGGCAAGGAAAUGUUUAUGA